GCUUAGCAGACUCAGUGUGGAAGCAGCUAAUGGAAAGACGCACAAGACCUUAUCCCUAUUUCACAUGAGUUUCCUUGCUUCAAACUACCAAGAUGAAGGGAGCCAGGCUCUUUGUCCUGCUUUCUACUUUAUGCAAUGGAGGCUUUGGGCUUAAUAACACUACACAUACUUGGACUACACCUGAGGAUGAAAACUAUCAGAAGAACAUGACUUCUGCUUCAGUUGAUUCAGAAAAAAUGCAAAGUUUCCAAAUGGUGCCAACUACUCAGAUCAUGUCAGUUGAGAUAACCACAACUCCUGAGACCAGAAUUUCUGAAGAGAGUCUUCUAAAAUCAACGCUUCCCUCAGGGACAGCAGAAUCUCCUAAUGGUCUGAGAAAGCAGACUGUCACACCCACAGAGAAGACAGAAGAAGAGGUGUUACCGUCCAAAGCUUUUGCCCUCCCAAGCAAAUCCAGCAUCAAGUUCAGUCCUAGAGCAAAGUCAGAGGCCAUUUCCAACUCUACAAUGAAAUUCCUUCAGAGUUUUGCCAGAAAGUCAAAUCAACAAGUAACCUCUCUCAACUCUGUCGGAGGUGUGGGCAAUCGGUCUCCACGGGAAACAUACCUCAGCAGAGGUGACAGCAAUGGAAGCCAAAGAACCAGCUAUCAAAAACCAAGUUUUGAAACAACUAGGGGAAAGAAUUGGUGUGCUUAUGUACAUACCAGAUUAUCUCCUACAGUGAUACUAGAAAACCAAGACACGUAUGUGCCAAGUGGGAGAGGACUCUGUGGCUGGACCAGAGGAUCCUGUCCUCAGAGAACUCAGAAGAUAUCAAAUCCUGUUUACAGGAUGCAACACAAAAUCGUUACCUCAUUGGAAUGGAAGUGUUGUCCUGGAUUCAGUGGAGCAAAGUGUCAGUUAAAAGCACAAGAUCAGCAUCCCUUGAUACACAGCAACCAGGCGGAGAGUCAAGAUGCCGCUGGCAGAGGGGCAGCCCAGCAGAAGCAGCAGCAACAGCAGCAAGAAGACUGUGGUGACCCAGCAGUGACACAAAAAAUUACUGACCAGAUGAGCCACCAGGCGAUAAAAUUGACUCUUCUGCAGAAGAAGAUUGACAAUAUUUCUUUGGCUGUGAAUGAUGUAAGGAACACAUACUCCUCCUUAGAGGAAAAAAUCAAUGAAGAUAAAGGCAGGGAAUUUCAAUCUUUUCUAAAAGGUCUGAAAUCCAAAAGCAUUACUGAUUUGGUAAAGGACAUUGUAGUGGAACAAUUUAAAGUUUUUCAAAAUGACAUGCAAGAGACUGUAGCACAGCUCUUCAAGACUGUGUCACGUCUAUCAGAGGACCUUGAGAACACCAGACAAGUAAUUAAACAAGUUAAUGAAUCUGUGGUUUCAAUAGCAGCCCAGCAAAAAUCUACUUCAAUGCAAAAUAUUAGACCCACUUUGACUGACAUUAUAGAUCUAAAAAAUCAAAUUGUGAAUCUAAGGCAAGAAAUGACUUUUACAUGUGAGAAGCCUAUUAAAGAACUAGAAGCAAAGCAGACUCAUCUAUCAGGUGCUCUAGCACAGGAACACUCAAGAAGCAUUCUAUAUUACGAAUCCCUCAACAGGACGCUUUCUAAAAUGAAGGAAGUACAUGAGAAGAUUUUAUCAACAGAACAAGUAUCAGACCAUGGGAUUGUUCCAGCUCCUGAAUCAGUUAGCAAUAAUGUCACUGAGUACCUGUCUACUCUACAGGAGAAUGUAAAGAAGCAGGCUUUGAUGCUGCUGCAAGUAUUUGAUGAUUUACACAUCCAAGACAGCAAGAUUAACAAUCUUUCUAUUGCUUUGGAGAUGGAAAAAGCAUAUGUCAGGGGUGAAUGUGAAGACAUGCUAUCCAAAUGCAGAAAAGACUUUAAAUUUCAAAUUAAAGACACAGAAGAGAAUUUGCAAAUUUUAAACCAAACUUUGGCUGAGUUUCUCUUUCCAAUGGACAAUAAGAUGGACAAAAUGAGUGAGCAACUUAAUGAUAUAACUUAUGAUAUGGAGAUACUUCAACCCUUGCUUGAGCAAGGAGCAUCAAUUAGAAACACCUUGACUUCUGAACAACUGAAGGAAGAAGUAGCUACAAAGAAAAAGGUGGAGACUCUAACUAGUGCUGUGAAUAAUCUAAAUUUUCUUAUCAAAGAACUUACAAAAAGACACAAUUUACUUAAAAAUGAAGUACAGAGUCGUGCUGACAUCUUAGAUAGACGUAUCAAUGAAUAUGCCGUUGAAAUGGAAGAUGGCCUAAAUAAGACAAUGACAAUUAUAAAUAAUGCCAUUGAUUUCAUUCAAGAUAACUACAUACUAAAAGAGACAUUAAGCACAAUAAUGUAUAAUCCCAUGGUCCAUCAGAAAUGCACCCAAAAUAUGGAAACAAUUUUGACAUUUAUUUCUCAGUUCCAGCGUUUGAAUGAUUCUAUUCAAAUUUUAGUCAAUGACAAUCAGAGAUAUAACUUUGUUUUGCAAGUUGCCAAGGCCCUUGCAAACAUUUCUAAAGAUGAGAAACUAAGUCAGUCCAACUUUCUAAAGAUUUAUCAAGCAUUCAAUGAAACCACUUCCCAAGUGAUGCAACACCAGCUAAACAUGAGUUAUUUGGAGGAAAAACUACUUUCAGCCACAAAAACUUCAAAAGAUUUUGAAACUCGGUUGCAAGACAUUGAAUCCAAAAUGACCAAGACACUCUUACCUUAUUAUGUUUCACUGAAAAAAGGAAGUGUGGCUACAAAUGAGAGAGAUCAGGCUCUUCAACUGCAAGUAUUAAAUUCCAGAUUCAAGGCACUGGAAGCAAAAUCCAUCCAUCUUUCAAUUAACUUCUCUUUGUUUAACAAAACUCUCCAUGAAGCUUUAGCAGUGUGUCAUAAUGCUUCUGCUAGAAUAUUAGACCUUAAUGCUACCAUACCUAAGUGGAUAAAAGACACCCAACCAGAUAUUGAACUUCUUCAGAAAGGUCUGACAGAAUUUGUGGAAUCAGCAAUUGAAAUAAAAACUCAAGUUGUCCUGUCUAAUUUAACUUCAUAUAUAAAUCGGUCAUUGUCUAGUAGUCCUGCAAAUGUCAAGUCUCAAAAACAAGUAAAACAGUUGCUGAAGAAACCUAAUUCUCUUAAAAAACCAACAGAGUUUCUUACCACCAUCCAAAUAGGUCGGACCCAAAGAAACACAGAAAAUGUUUUAUUUCCUGUAACGAAGGAAUAUUCAGACUGUAGUAAGUCCCCGUGCCAAAAUGGGGGCACAUGUAUAAGUGGAAGAACCAACUUUAUCUGUGCUUGCAGACAUCCUUUCACUGGUGACAACUGUACUGUCAAGCUUGUGGAAGAAAAUGCUUUAGCUCCAGAUUUCUCCAAAGGAUCUUACCGGUAUGCACCAAUGGUGGCAUUUUUUGCAUCUCAUACCUAUGGAAUGACUACACCUGGUCCUAUCCUAUUUAAUAACUUGGAUGUCAAUUAUGGAGCUUCAUAUACUCCAAGAACUGGGAAAUUCAAGGUUCCUUAUCUUGGGGUUUAUGUUUUUAAGUAUACCAUUGAGUCAUUUAGUGCUCAUAUCUCUGGAUUUUUAGUGGUUGAUGGAGUAGACAAGCUUGCAUUUGAGUCUGAAAAUAUUAACAGUGAAAUACACUGUGAUAGGGUUUUGACUGGUGAUGCCUUGUUAGAAUUAAAUUACGGGCAGGAAGUGUGGCUGCGACUUGUAAAAGGAAAAAUUCCAGCCAAAUUUCCUCCUGCUACUACAUUUAGUGGUUACUUGUUAUACCGAACAUAAAUUAGUAUAAAAGGCAGACUAUCACCUUUAUUAAGAAGUAACCAGUGUUUUUAUUUGUCUUUUCAUGCACAUAUGCUCUGUUUUUGUUUUAUUCUAUAGGAGAUGAAAGCUAACUUCUGUUUUAAUCUGUCUAAGCCUAUGAGUUUAUUCACCUACUUAAGAAUUAUUUGAAUAUCUAUUGAAUAAUCUGUAUUUGAAGGAGUUAUUGCUCCUUAACAGAAUAGUGGCACAGAAAGCAAAGUGCACAUGUUAGCAUAACUCUUCCUUUUUUUGUUUGUUUUUCAUGUUAAGUCAUUUCAAUGUAAAGUAAUACUAUAAAAUGAUGAUUAUUCAUUAUUGUCAAUCUCAGUAAUUCCAAUAAAACACUUAACUUUUGUUAUUUCCUGUGACAACACAUAACUCUUUUCUUUAAUUCACAAAUUCAAGUAAGUUACUCUAAGACUGACAGGUGCUUUUGAAAACUGAUUUUUACUAUUUACUGUUAAGUUGAACAAUUUUAGAUAUUAAAAUUUUCAUUCAUAUCCCAAAUUAUGAAAGUUGAAUUUGAUAUUGAAAUAUUUGUAACUCAUUCACUUCCUGUAGUUGCAAAAUAAAGAAACUAUUGACAAAUAUUUGAAUAUUGAUAUCCAAGUCUUAGGAUAUAUAAGUGGAUCAUUUACUUGUAUCUACUAUACAUUAUCUAGAAGGGAAAAAUACAAACAAAUGAGUACUCUUUUGCAGCAACCUUUCAGUCCUGCCCAUAUUGUAAAGAGAUUGUUUCAUAAUGGUCUAUCACGAUAUUAUGGUUUAUGGAAUAUACACUCUGCUUGGUUCUCUUCUAAGCAACUUACAUGUAAUAUCUCUUUGAUUCCUUACAAAAUGUUUUAUAAGAAUAAUGUUAUUAUCAUUUUUUAUAGUUGCAGUAACUGAGACACAGAAAGAUUAAUGAACAGAUUAAGCUCCAUACUGAGUAAAGGCUGAAGCAGACUAUUUUUUAAAGAUUUAUUUAUUUAUGUAUACAAGAGCAGGGUGUAGAACAGAGGUGAGAGUUGUGGGGUGGGGGUGAGCAGAUUCACCAGAGACUGACUAGGGAGCAGAUUACUGAAAUACACUGCUGAGGGGAGCAGCAGGCAAGACAGAAGAAGUCUGCCAGGUCAUGUGGGUCUCUCCCUGGCCAGGGAUCUAACUCAUGCUACUGUGGCUACAGAUAACUUCAUAGUUCUGGGACUGAACCCCUUGUGCCACCAGAGAGACCUAUGAAGCAAAAUUUAGACAGUUUCCCCCACACCCAUAUCCAUUCUUUCUCUGUAUUGUCUCCUACAGAUGUAGGUCAUUUAGACCAUUUCCAAUGUGUUAUUGUUACAUUAUUUUCACAGUGAACAAUAUUUCAUAGUGAACCCUUAAACAGCAUCUCUUUAUAUGUAUGACAGAAGUAUUUCUGAACAGAUUUCCAUAAAUAAAGUAAUAAAGUAAU